GGAUUGAUAGCUAAUCUCAGAAGGCAAAUAUCAAAAUAAAAUAACUAGCAUGAUGGAGAGUGGGGGUCCAGAGAUGGAUCUAGCCAUGUCAUUUCUGCGCUCAGAAAUGGACGCUAGUGAUGAUGGUGGAGUUUCUGGUGACCAACAGGAUGAAAAAAUUCCUGAAGUUCUCAGAGAACAGGACAGAUUCUUGCCCAUUGCAAAUGUGGCACGCAUCAUGAAAAAAUGUAUACCAAGAAGUGGCAAGGUGGCCAAAGAUGCCCGGGAAUGCGUCCAAGAAUGCAUCAGUGAGUUCAUCAGCUUCAUCACUAGUGAGGCCUCCGACAGAUGUCAUCAGGAGAAGCGGAAAACCAUUAACGGUGAAGAUAUCUUGUGGGCUAUGAACGCACUUGGGUUCGAAAAUUAUGUGGAGCCCCUCAAGAUAUACCUGCAGAAAUUCAGAGAGGCCAACAAGGGCGAGAAAGUUGGUGACAACCUGGAUGGCACAUACGAGGUGGAUUAUGGUGGUGGUGGUGCUGGCAUCAACGCCACCUUCACCACGGAGCACGUGGCAGGCCAGGGUGGUGAACUCGUCUGUUCCUACAGCACCACACAUCAUCACCAGCAGCAGCAAGUUGCUACUCAACAGCAGCAGCAACAGCAACAACAUCAGUUUACCCUCUAAGACAUGUAGCAGUUUCCGAUUAUCGUACCCAUAUUUAUUUAUGUAUUGAUUUCUGAGUAAUUUCAGCACUGCGUAGACAUAACUAAAGCCCAAAAGUGUAGAUUUUUCACGCUUAAUGAAAAUUGAACUUGAGAUGGAUAACUAUCGCAACAUAUGUACGGUUCUGGUACCACAGUUGCAGAGGCGCUAGUGACAGGCUCCACGUGUAUGUGGCAACUCUGGAACCUAAUUUUUGUAGGAGAAUCUGAAACUGAAAAUUAAAUCUUCGUCCAACUAUAUCGUCUAGUUUUAUUUAUGCAUUGUAGGUAUGUGAUUUAUAUAAAAUUUGUUCUCCAUGAUCAACUUCCAUGUUAGUACUGGUGAUCGCUCAGGUAUGAAAUGUGCAUUUUUUCUUCCUUGAAAUUGAUUCAAUUCCAUCGAACUUGGGGAAAUAUUUCAUUUGUACAUUGAAUAAGAAACAAGCAUUGACUGGCAUUUGCAUAUUGAAUAUAUAAUUUAGCUGGGAGGUGAAGUAAGUAUCAAUUGAUGCAUUGUAGCUUGAAGCUUUAAUUGAAGUCAUUACGUCAUUGCAUACAACACAAUAAAUAUGAUGGAAUAAAAACCUACCUUUUUAAUAUUAGUUUGAAUCUCGCAUGAAGUAUUAAUUAAAGAAACACUAGAUAAAAUUCUAACUAUAUUCUAUUGCUUUUUAACUGAAUAAGCAUUUGUACACAUAUGAAAGGCAUUCAAAAACAUAAUUGCAUUAAGAUUUAUUUUUGGAAAGUGCAGUUUUGGAUGGACAAGUCAGUGGUCCUGAUAUGAUUGUAUAUAUUUUACACGUUGCAUCUUUCUCUCAAUUUGCAGAUUAGAGACAAACAAUGAACUUAUUUGAACCUUUAUGCUGUUUUUUUAGCUGCCUCUAGAUUUUUGUGAUAAUGUUACUGUAGGACUGUAGGUGAUGCUGUGCAGACUAAUGAAGUUUGUGAAUGUCUUCGAUUAUUCUAAAUGUGUGUUAGUUGCAGUACGUUUAGUUCUUAGUAGGGUUUUAGUUUAGCGACUUGCUGGAUAAUUCACACAAUUCAAUUCAUAAGUUAGCAGGUAAGUUAUAUAUUUCAAGAUAUUAAUUAAAUUUGUAUUGUACUUAA